AUGACGCUCGUGGGCAUCCGAACAGCUUACAAAACUCCGAUCGGUACAUCUCCUUAUAAGCUCGUUUUUGGUAAAGCAUGUCAUCUACCAGUCGAGCUUGAGCAUAGAGCAUAUUGGGCGAUCAAGAAGCUGAAUCUCGACAUGGUUCAAGCUGGAGAGAAGAGACUGUUGCAGCUGCACGAGUUGGAGGAAUUUCGCUAUCAUGCUUAUGAAAACGCGAAAAUGUAUAAGGAGCGCACCAAAAGAAUUCAUGACAGGCGCAUCCAAUCUCGUGACUUUGAGCCUGGGCAGUUAGUAUUGCUGUAUAACUCCAGGCUGAAGAUUUUCGGUGGAAAGCUAAAGAGCAAAUGGUCCGGACCAUUCGAGGUAGUUCGAGUGACUGCACAUGGUGCUGUUGAGCUUAAAAGACCCCACUCGGAUGAGACAUUCUUGGUGAACGGACAGAGAGUGAAGCAUUACUAUGGGGAGGCCACUGACCGCGCCAAAACCACCAUCGAUCUAGAAGAGGCUUGA